CCGUAGGUGAUCAUAACGACCUGUUUCUUGCGGUUCGUCUUUGCUUCUCGCCAAAAGAUCAAAGAAGUUACUCAGCUCCGAUCACUGUCUCCGAAUCGUUUAUCGCCAUUCUCUCCGCGUGAAUCCUAUCUCCGUACGAAACCCUAGCUCGCUGCGUUGGAAGAUAUUGAGCUCGUCCUUCUACGGAGCGUUCGUCUGAGUUCAAACAGUUUGAGGCUGCAAUGGAUACACUGCCUGAUCCUCAGUCGAAGUCUUCAUCAAAUGUAUCUCCACACAGAAGAGAAACUUCCCGUGAUAGUUUAGUCUACCUCACAACAUGUAUGAUUGGGCAUCUUGUGGAAGUCCAUCUAAAAAAUGGAUCGGUUUAUCGUGGUAUAUUUCAUGCUGCAGAUAUGGAGAAGGAUUUUGGAAUUGUUCUAAAGAUGGCAUCCUUGAUUAAAGAUAGUAGGCAGAGAUCCCGUUCUGACUUUUUCAGAAAGCCACCUUUCAUGACGUUCAUUGUUCCUGCAGAUGAACUUGUACAAGUUGUAGCUGAGAAUCUCUCCGUAUCCAGUGACGGCACGUUAAAUACCGUUCAGACUGAGAAACCGGUGGAUCUGUUUACGGACUCUUCUAUAUCAAAGUCUCGUCGUGUUGAUCAGGAUAGAGAAGCCGGUAGAGCUGUUGAUGUAUUUGAUGAUAGUGGGUUUAAUGAGGAGGACGACAAAUUCCUGGACACUUGCAAUGAUCAGACUUUUGGUGGUUCAUCUACUUCUAGUUUCCAGAAGCCAGCUUCUUAUAGUGGCAAGGGCUAUGAGGACGUAGUGGGUGACAGCCAGUCUUCUCAGAAUAAUACCAAUGUAGAUCAAAGGUGCUCUGAUGACGCUCGGCACAUUCCCUCUGAACAGCGAUCCAAAGACAGCAGUAUCAGUGAGAGCCAACUGGGUGAGCGAAGAAAGAACAAGAACCCAGAGGUUUCCCACAGUAGCAGAUCAGCUGAAGCAUCAGUUUCUGGUCAUGGAGAUAUCAAAGAAAGUGCAAAAUUUAGUGGUAGUGGAACCUCGGCGUCAAAGAUUGUUGCUGAGAGAGAAAGGCAAGGCAGUGAAGUUUCUGGCAAAACAAAAUCUGAAAGCUCUUUUAGACAGUCGGAUUCUAGAAGUUCAGAGAGUCACCCGGCUCCUUCGACACCAAGUCGUCCUAGACUACCGACAAGCUCGUCAAUUGGCUCUUUGUCCUCAUCAGAAAAGCCCACUCUUAAUCCGGAUGCAAAGUUCAAACAGUUUGAGGCUACAAUGAAUACGCUGCCUGAUCCUCAGUCGAAGUCUUCAUCAAAUGUAUCUCCGCAUAGAAAAGAAAAGUCGUGUGAUAGUUUAGUGGCCUUCACAUCAUGUAUGAUUGGGCAUCAUGUGGAAGUGCAUCUAAAUGAUGGAUCGGUUUAUAGUGGUAUAUUUCUUGCUGCAGAUAUGGAGAAGAAUUUUGGAAUCGUUCUAAAGAAUGCAUUCUUGAUUAAAGAGAGUACUUUACGAGAGCAUAAAUCCCGUUCCGAGUUUUCCAGAAAGCCACCUUUCAAGACGCUCAUUAUUCUUGCAGAUGAACUUGUACAAGUUUUAGCUAAGAAUUUAUCCGUAUCCAGUGACGGCAUGUUAAAUGCCGUUCAGAGUGAGAAGCCGAUGGAGCUGUUGACGGACUCUUCUAUAUCAAAGUCUCGUCAUGUUAAUCAGGGAAGAGAGCUAAUACCGUGGGAACCUGAUGGGAAUGUUCCUCCGGGUCUGGAUAAUGUGUUUGAUGAUACUUCGAAAAGGCAAUGGAAUCAAUUUGAGGCGAAUGAGUUACUGUUUGGAGUAAAGAGCACUUUCGAUGAGAAACAAUAUACCACAACACUUCCACGAAGUACUCAGACUAGAGAGCUAGAAGAGAAAGCGCAAAAGAUUGCGACAGAGAGUGAGGAUGAAAUUAUUCGACAUGUUCAUGUAGCAGAGGAAAGAGGCCUUCAGCUUAGUGAGAAAUCUGAUAUUGACGAGGAAACUAAAUACUCAGCUGUCCGUCGAGUUGAUAAAUUUGAUGAUGGUGGGUUUAAUGAGGAGGACGACAAAUUGCUGGACACUUGCAAUGAUAAGAAUUUUGGUGGUUCAUCUACUUCUAGUGUCCAGAAGUCCACUUCUUCUAGUGGCAAAGGCUAUAAAGACGUACCAGACGUACCGGGUCAAACUCAGCCUUCUCGGAAUAAUACAAAUGUAGAUCAAAGCUGCUCGAUAUCUGGCGAUGACGCUCAGAACUUCCCCUCUGAACAGCGAUCCAAAGAUUUUCCUGCCCCAAGCAGCAGUAUCAGUGAGAGCCAACUGGGUGAGCGAAGAAAGAACAAUAGCCCAGAGGUUUCCCAUAGUAGCAGAUCAGCUGGAGAAUCAGUUUCUGGUCAUGGAGAUAUCAAAGAAGAUGCAGAACUUGGUGUUGGUGAAACCUCGACGUCGAAAAUUUUCAAACAGUUUGAGGCUGCAAUGGAUACGCUUCCUGCUCCACAGUCGAAGUCUUCAUCAAAUGGAUAUCCACGCAGAAGAGAAAAGUCGCGUGAUAGUUUAGUGUACCUCACAACAUGUAUGAUUGGGCAUCUUGUGGAAGUCCAUCUAAAAAAUGGAUCGGUUUAUAGUGGUAUAUUUCAUGCAGCAGAUGUAGAGAAGGAUUUUGGAAUUGUUCUAAAGAUGGCAUCCUUGAUUAAAGAUAGUAGGCAGAGAUCCCGUUCUGACUUUUUCAGAAAGCCACCUUUCAAGACGUUCAUUGUUCCUGCAGAUGAACUUGUACAAGUUGUAGCUGAGGAUCUCUCUGUAUCCAGUGACGUCACGUUAAAUACCGUUCAGAGUGAGAAACCGGUGGAGCUGUUGACGGACUCUUCUAGUGUCCAGAAGCCAGCUUUUUCUAGUGGCAAGGGCUAUGAAAACAUACGAGGUGACGGCCAGCCUUCUCGGAAUAAUACAAAUGUAGAUCAAAGCUGCUCGAUAUCUGGUGAUGACGCUCGGCAAAUUCCCUCUGAACAGCGAUCCAAAGAUUUUCCUGCCCCAGGCAGCAGUAUAAGUGAGAGACAACUGGAUGAGCGAAGAAAGGACACUAACCUAGAGGUUUCCCACAGUAGCAGAUCAGCUGAAGAAUCAGUUUCUGGUCAUGGAGAUAUCAAAGAAGGUGCAAAAAUUGUUGGUGGCGGAACCUCGGCGUCGAAGACUGUUACUGAGAGAGAAAGGCAAGGCAGUCAAGUUUCUGGCAAAACAAAAUCUGAAAUAUCUUUUGGGCAGUCGGAUUCUAGAAGUUUGGAGAGCCGCCCAGCUCCUUCGACACCAAGUCGUCCUGAACUACCGCCAAGCUCGUCAAUUGGCUCUUUGUCCUCAUCAGAAAAGUUCACUUUUGAUCCGAAUGCAAAGGAAUUCGAACCAUCUCAACCACCAGUUGCUGUGCAGGCUCAAUCUCCGACGGAAUAUACCUCAUUCUACUGCCCUGCUGAACCUGUCCAGCGGAUGCCUGUGCAGGCUCAAUCCCCAAUGGCGGGUGGCUCAUUCUACUACCCUGCUGCACCUGUUCAGCAGAUGCCUGUGCAGGCUCAAUCCCCAAUGGCGGAUGGCUCAUUCUACUACCCUGCUGCACCUUUUCAGCAGAUGCCUGGUGGUUACGGAAUUCAGCCGCAAUAUUUUGAACAGCCGAUGUUUUAUGAUCAAUAUUAUGGCCAGCAGUAUGGUCAAACCGGUUAUCCUCAGUAUGCACAAGCCCAGUAUUCGCAACAGCAGCAGCAACCAAUGAUGAUGCCUCCUAGGCCGCAAAUGAUGAUGGGUCAGCCUCCUAGGCCGCCUCCCCCUCACCAGCCGUAAAAUCCAUAUCAUGAAGGACGAGAGUAAUAAGAACCCCGAUAUGAUAUGAUGAAGUUGUUUUUGAAGUAAAGGACGUGAAGGAACCAACCCUCUGUUUUGGUUUAGGCUCUUUUCUUGGUCUUAUCCCUCUUUCUGAAACCAUUUUCUCCCUUUUUAGAUUCCCCCGAUCGAGUCUCUUGUUAAAGACCUAUAUGUACUCUCUUGUAUCUCUGAAGAUAUUACAUAAAUUUCAGAAUUGAGGUCUUUCUCAUGUGUGCCA